AUGGCUUUUCCACCGUCUGCUGGAUUUACUUGGAUCUCCAAAAUACACAAUGACACCUAUCCUACCAUCACGGCGGCCAGAUGUAAACAGCAGGGACGAGCUGUCUUCGUGACCGGCGCAUCGAAAGGCAUCGGCCGCGCGAUAGCGAUAGCAUUCGCUCAAGCCGGCGCCUCCUUCAUCGCACUCGGAGCAAGAUCCUCCCUCGAUGCAGUCGAGACAGCGGUGCUUGACGCCGCAAAGUCCGCAGGCCAUCCGCCACCUCAGAUCCUCCAGCUAGCGCUAGAUAUCUCGGAUGAGCAGAGUGUGUCCGAUGCAGCCGCCGAGGUCAAGCGGGCGUUUGGCCGUCUCGACAUUUUGGUUAACAAUGCCGGUCGCGUUGAGAAAUGGGUUCCACUUGCGGAGACAGAUCCCAAAUCUUGGUGGUCGACAUGGGAGGUCAAUCUGAAGGGCACAUAUCUCAUGACCAGGGCCAUGCUCCCCCUCCUGUUGUUAGGGGGUGAAAAGACCAUUAUCAAUAUAAACUCCAUCGGCGCCCACCUGACUCGACCCGGUGCCUCGGCCUAUCAGACCGGGAAAUUAGCGAUUUUGCGCUUGACGCAGUUCACUUCUGUUGAGUACGCUACUCAGGGGGUUCUGGCCUUUGCUAUUCACCCGGGCGCCGUGGAUACCGAGUUAGCGUCGAGAUUGCCCGAGGACACGAAGGCAAAGCUGGUGGACUCGCCAGAAUUGUCCGCCGAUACAAUUGUCUGGCUAACUCAGGAGAAGCAGCUUUGGCUGGCCGGACGCUAUUUGAGUGCCACCUGGGAUGUGGCAGAGUUGAUGGCUCGGAAGGAGGAAAUUGUUCAGGGCGACAAGCUCAAGGUCAAAUUGGUUCUGUAG